UAAUCUAAUUUAAAACAGCAGCCGUUUUACUUCAGAUCCCCAAACAAUCCACGAUUCACAAACCUCUCCUCACCAUGUAACUCUGACGACACGCGGAGGACAGUAGGUAGAGGGAGCUGUUUCUGUCCAUUUUACUUUGUGUUUUCUUUUAUUAUUAUUUCCCUCCGUCUCCGUUAUUCUAGAUUUUUUCAGCAUUUCUCUCCAUGAUGGCGGAGGACAGCGAAUCUGCAGCCAGCCAGCAGAGUCUGGAGUUGGACGACCAAGAUACCUGCGGUAUAGAUGGAGAUAACGAGGAGGAAAAUGAGCAUAUGCAAGGGAGUCCAGGAGGAGAUCUGGGGGCCAAGAAGAAGAAGAAAAAGCAGAAGCGGAAGAAGGAGAAGCCGAGCUCUGGGGGAACGAAGUCAGACUCUGCAUCUGACUCUCAAGAAAUAAAGAAUCCUGCUAUACCAAUGCAAAAAUUGCAAGACAUUCAGAGAGCAAUGGAGUUAUUAUCAGCUUGUCAGGGUCCAGCCAAGAAUAUUGAUGAGGCUACCAAGCACAAAUAUCAGUUCUGGGAUACUCAGCCAGUUCCUAAGCUUAAUGAAGUUGUUACAUCCCACGGCCCUAUUGAACCAGAUAAGGAAAACAUUCGCCAGGAACCUUAUUCUUUACCCCAGGGUUUCAUGUGGGACACCUUGGACUUGAGCAAUGCAGAAGUGUUAAAAGAGCUGUAUACCCUGCUGAAUGAAAAUUAUGUGGAAGAUGAUGACAACAUGUUCCGGUUUGAUUACUCGUCCAAUUUCCUAAAAUGGGCACUGCGUCCUCCAGGCUGGUUACCACACUGGCACUGUGGAGUCCGAGUUUCUUCAAACAAGAAAUUAGUCGGGUUUAUUAGUGCCAUUCCCGCCAGCAUUCGCAUUUAUGACACUGUAAAGAAGAUGGUAGAAAUCAAUUUUCUAUGUGUGCACAAGAAAUUGCGAUCCAAACGUGUUGCGCCGGUGUUGAUCCGGGAAAUCACGCGAAGGGUGAACCUGGAGGGGAUUUUCCAGGCUGUGUACACUGCUGGAGUGGUGCUGCCCAAGCCAGUGUCCACAUGCAGGUAUUGGCAUCGAUCUUUGAAUCCCAGAAAACUGGUGGAAGUAAAAUUUUCCCAUUUGAGCAGAAAUAUGACUUUGCAGAGAACAAUGAAGCUCUACAGAUUGCCAGAUGCCACGAAAACAGCUGGCUUGCGAACCAUGGAGAAAAAGGAUGUCAAACAGGUGCAGAAACUGCUUGAAAAGUAUCUAAAGCAGUUUCACUUAGGACCGGUUAUGGAUGAGGAAGAAGUGACCCAUUGGUUCUUGCCACAAGAGAAUAUAAUUGACACCUAUGUAGUGGAGGGUCCUGGUGGAGUUUUGACAGACUUCACAAGUUUCUACACCCUACCCUCUACAGUAAUGCAUCAUCCUCUUCACACAAGCAUUAAGGCUGCCUAUUCCUUCUACAGUGUGCACACACAAACCCCACUCAUGGACCUCAUAAAUGAUGCUCUCAUUCUUGCUAAACUGGCAUUUGGGUGAAGCAAGCACUACCCACUACUCCAAAACAAAGCUAUACACUUGGCAUCUGUAUCUCUCUUUGAUUCUCAAGCAAGGUGAUGUUAAUCAAGCAUGUUAAUCGCCCAGUUCUCUCUCUAUCCAUAAUAAUGUAAAAGAAAAUAAUAAUAACCAUCCCAUAACAGUUUAACGAGCAAGUGCAGAAGGUGAGCCAGGACAGAUACAGAAGGCAGUCAGGUGAUCUUCAAGCCGUGUCAGUCCCAAGGCUCCCCAGCAGGUGUCAGAGUUGGCCACAGUCAGCCUAAGACAGGAAUGCAGGCAGGGCCAGAGGUAUCUCUUCAGAUUUCCCUAGGUAAUCUAGUGAGUAUGUAACAGGGGUGGAAAUUAAUUAAUAGUAAGAUAUUCGAAUAUACCAAGAAUAAAAGUUUUGAAUACCCAGACACUACCUGUAAUUACUCAUAAGUGAUAGGUCUUUAGGACGUAUUAGCAGCGGCCACGGACAAGGAUGCAUAGAUAAAUGCGUCAACAGUAACCGUGAAGAAACAUCUAAGGCAUCUAAUGUAUUCAAAGUAAAAAAUGAGUUAAACUACAACUAAGAAAUAAGAAUAUAAUGCAGAGGGGUUUUAACUUUAAAACGCAGAACUUUAUAAAAAGGACCUUCAAAACUUUCAACUGCAUUUAGCACCCUUUGACGACUUGUGUAAAACACAACACAACUGAUUACUAACAAAGCACAACAAAAUAUGUUUGCUCAAUAACA